AGAAUCUUUCAGCGAGUUCCACAAAUUCAGUUUGUGGUGACACGGAAAAUAGUUGUCGAGAUUUUUCCUUUUCACCAAGUAGUAUUGUGCACAAAUUUGACAGCCAACUUGUUGUUAACAUACCUCAACUUUAAGUUUCUUAGUUUUGUAUUCUUUUAUAGUUUUUUUUUGUUUUACUGAUAUUAAGAAAGGAAAAGUUAAAAUAGUUAAAGUUUGAGCCAUGUCUGCAUUCCGCACAAAACCUUUUGGUAGCAAGAAGGAUAAGAAGAAUCCUCCAAUUCUCAGUCAUGAAUUCGUUAUUCAAAAUCAUGCUGAUAUCGUCAGCUGUGUCGCGAUGGUGUUUGUUGUCGGUUUGAUGAUGCAAGCAACCAGUUCACUUGCGAGCAUCUUUAUUGUCAUGGGACAUAAUGUCACUGACGUUGAGGCAUCUGAAAAUGCUAAGAAUGAACCGUAUCUUUACGAGUCAGGAUGGAUGGAUGCCGCUGCUGUGUUCUUUUAUACACUCAUCUGCAUCAUCAUGCAUGCUAUCUUACAGGAAUAUGUAUUAGAUAAAGUUUCCAAGAAACUUCAUUUGUCCAAAUUCAAAUUGUCUCGUUUCAAUGAGUCAGGACAACUUGUGGUUUUUUAUUUGUUGUCGUUCUUUUGGGGUGCCGAAGUCAUUAUGCGUGAAAAAUAUGCUGAAAAUAUGUCAAGACUUUGGACUGAUUAUCCAAAUCAUCCCAUGAUCUUCAUUCACAAACUUUACUUUAUUAUUCAGUUAUCUUAUUAUCUCCACAUGAUUCCUGAAUUGUACUUCCAAAAAGUGAAGAAGGAUGAACAACCAGCAAAGAUGCAACAUUCAUUAGCCGGAACUGCAAUUAUUGCAUUUUUCUACUUCUUCGCUUAUCGACGUAUUGCAAUCGUGUUACUUACAUUGCAUUAUUUUAGUGAAUUUGUUGCUCAUACUUUUGGAUUGUUGGAAGUUUUUGACAAAGAAGAAAAAUAUGUGAAAUUCCGGGUUUUCAACAAUCUUAUCUUCCUAUUGACAGCAUUCUCAACACUCGUACUUUCAUUCUUAACAUUCUUCACUGGAAUUGGACGAACACACUCAACACGCGGAAUGCUUGGACUUGUUGUUGCUUUCUCAAUCCAAGGCUUCCUUAUUUUCCGUUUUAUUGCCUCUUUUCUUAAAUCAAAACGCGAAUCAAAGGAACAAUCAGUGAAAGUUAUAAAGAAAGUUAAGACAUCGACAACAACAGGAAAGAAAGAUCGCAAAAAGGAAUCGGAUUUACCCGAAGCUGAUCAGAAUACAAAUGUGAACCAAAAGAAAGUUAAGACCAAGUAAAUGUGGAGAAAACAAUUCGCUCACUUAAAAUACUUUUCAUCCAUCUUCUCACCUCUUUCUGUGUUCGAUCAAAUCACAACAACAUGAAGAAGAAAAGUGCACGAAAGUUGACAAGUUUAAUUUUAUUAUUUCUUAUUUUUUCUUUGAUAAAGUUUCACAAUUAAAUUUCCAAAAGAACUUUCUUUAAAAAAAAAAAACAUGAAAAGUUGUCACAAAAUAAGAGAAGUAAAACUUAAUUUUCCCCUCAGAUAUCGAAAUCAUGCCAAGGGAAAUAUUCGUAAAUUUACGUCAAGAUGAAAGUUAAAAUCGAUUCAGUGAAUUUGCAGUUAUUAAAAUUUAUUUAUGCUUUUUUAUUGAACGUGACUGACGUAAUGAUAAGAAUGUCCCUACCACACAUUAAAUCUUCUCGUCCCUUCUCUUUUUGUAAAAAAAGAAAAAUGAAUUGAAAAAAAAAAUGGAAAAAUAAAUAGUUUUUGUAUGUUUCAACAAUUGUUGAUGCGCUCAUAAAUUAAAGCUCUUUUUAUGAUGAUGAUGAUUACGUCACCAAAUUGUAUGUGAUGCCUUGAAUUAUUGAACCGAGAGGCCAAUAAUAAUCGUGUUCAUGAAAUUGUAUGUUACUUAAAUUAUGUUUGUUCGUAUUUGUGUCAAUGUCGUCGUCAUCACCUUUCUCGAUCAAUGAAAAGAUGCAACGAGGAUAUUCAUGACCAAUUGCUUCAGUGUUCCAUGAAAGUUUCACAAUAUAAAUGUAAUGCGGAAAAAGAAUCAGCGACUCUUUCAAGUUAAUUAUGAAGAAAGCGUUGAAGUUCACAUUUUCGAUUGUGCUUUGUUGAUUGUAAAUCGAUUUUCCGGUAACUUUCUCGAGAAUUUCUACGUUAAUAAUCUCAGUGUAAGUUUGAUUACUCAUAUCACAGAUGUCGAGUUGUUCUGGAAUUAAGCGGCUGUUAACCAUUAGAGAGUUGAUAACUGAGAAGCGUUUGAAGGAAACGAAAGUAUUAAAAUGCAUUUGAUUCCUUUCGAUGAUCAGUGGACUAACUGGCUUGUAAUAAGAUCGAUGAAAGCUUUUCAACAUUGCCAAAUUAUUCGUUGACGAUGAAUCGCUGGCAUAAGUCGCUUUAAGCUCUACAACUUUCUCGGUUAAUGCAUUAUCAAGAUUCAAUUGUCGAAGUUUUGAUGCUUGAGACUCAUCAUUGAUUAAUACUUUAUCAUUUUGAACUUGAACAAAGGCCCAAGCUUUGAUAAGACAUAAAAUAUUGUCACGUUCGCCAAGAUAAUCGAUGAGAUUCUUCACAAGAAACUCGAAACACGAUGGUGAUAGUUGAGUCUUUGGUUUAUUUAAAACCAAAUUGCUGAAGCUUGAAUUUGUUUCUAGAGAGUCAGCGAAGUAGUAAACACAAGUCACGAGAAAAUCCUCCAAAUGAAGUUCAAAAGAUUUUUCAAUUAUUAUCAAUAUUGUGUCAUUGUUUAAAAACUUAUUUAAAAGCUUCAGACAUUGUUUUCUCAUAUCUUCAAUUAAAUAUUUUUGAGCACAAUAACUCAAUUCCAUCAGCUGAUUUAUCUCGUUUCCAUUAUCGUUUAACUUCAACUCUCCAGUGUAAAUAUAACAAAGAAAAGUUUCAAAUGUAUCGUAAGAUAUAUCAGUGAUUUUGAUUGAAUUUGAAGCAUCGAUGAUUGAUGAACCCUCCAAAAAUUUCGAAUACAACAUUGCUUCAAACACCGGUGAUGCGGCACAUAAAAUUAAUUUAUGGCAGCUUAAAAAACGGUUUUCGACUUUAAACGAGCAGUCUGUGAAUUUGUUUACUUUUCUCAAAUGGUUGAAGCGUUCAAUGAACUCACACGGCAACUCUUCAUUGGUCAUCAUAUCUGACUUCAGGAUUUCUGUUUUUCUUUCAUCCAUCCACAAAGAAUUUUCGUCGGAAAACUUCUUUUUAAAUAUUUUUUAGGAAGACAAACGAGUCAAGGAAAAAAUCUUUUUCGCAAACUAUUUCUGUUCAAUAUUUGUUUGAUAAAUUAUCACAAGAAGCUGCAAAAAAUUUUCAAUCAGCACUUCUUAUAAACUUUUUAAGUACAAUAUAUUUGUAAACUUUAUUUUGAAGUAG